AUGAAUUUGAUCAAGAUUGAGAUUGAAGAGAAGGUGGUAGUCCAGGAUCAGCUUCACGUCAUGAAAUCUGUGAAUCCUGCUGCAGGCUCGUCUAGAUCUUCUUCUACUCGUAAGAAUGUCACCAUGAUCGGUUUCAAUGAUGUCUUGUUGCAAAUGCUGGACAAGAUCACUGGAGGGGGACUCGAUCUCCAAAUUCUUCCGAUCGUUGGAAUGGGCGGGAUAGACAAGACCACCCUUGCUCAGAAUAUCUAUGUAAGUCCACUUGUCAACCAACGUUUUGAUAUCCGUGCUUGGUCUACUAUUUCUCAAGAGUAUAAUGCACGAGAAAUUCUUGGACAAGUUCUUGGUCAAGUGGACAAGGGGAACGGGGUUGAUUUGAGUGAAGAUGAACUAGGAUUACAUUUGUACCAAUACUUGAUAGGUAGGAGGUAUUUUAUUGUGAUGGAUGAUAUGUGGAACAUAGAAGCAUGGAGAUUCUUCCCUAAUAAUAAAAAUGGGAGUCGAAUAGUAGUGACGACAAGGCUAUCGGACUUGGCAUCUCAAUUUAACUACUCGAAUGGUCUUGAUUUGAAAUUUUUGGAUGAGCAUGCUAGUUGGGACCUAUUUUGCAAAACGGUGUUCAGGGAAGAAGCUUGCCCUCUUGAGUUUGAGGGCAUUGGGAAAAAUAUUGUGAAAGGUUGUAAGGGACUUCCACUAUCAGUUGUUGUGAUAGGGGAGGUUUUAUCAAAAUCUGAACAUGCUGUGAUUCCAGUCUCUUUCGUCGUACCAUUUUUUGUUGCUAUGGGAUAUGUAAAACCAAUUAUUGGGAAGUGUUUGGAAGAGAUAGUAGAGUAUGGAGAAGAACUUGUUGAUAGAAAUAUGGUUAUGGUUGAAAAAUACAUGACCUGUUGA